AGAGAAAAAAAAAGAUAAUAUAAAGAAAACGGGAGAGAGUUUCAAUGAGAGAAGACGAAGAACAGCGACUGGAGCCUAAAACCAACAAUCCCCCCUCUCGAUAAAGUAAUGGAGUUUUAGGGUUUUGUUCUCUCUUUCGAUUCCAUUUCCUUUAGGGACAGAUCCGAAUCGGCGAUUUCUCGGUGAUUGACGGAGUCAUCUUCGCUUCCAAUGUUUUUGUCCUUAAUCUUCUUCGCAUGAUCCGACGCUCAAUUCAAGGAGUCAUCCUCGCACGUAUGGUCGCUUAUCAUCUCUGAACGAUUAUAUUUUGUAUAUUUAUUCGAACAUUUGUGAUUAUUGUGAUGCGACGGUCCCUUGGUUCGUCAUCGAGACAGAGGAAUUCUAUGCAUUCAGGGACAAAGCUUCGGAAGAAGAGGAAGAGGCUUGAUGCUAUUUGUGAAAAUGAGUAUAACCGAAACCAUGGGGAGACGGAUAGGGGUACUGGAUUGGCUGGUUCAGCUGGCGCUGGGACUGAGCUGCGUCGUAGCUUGCGGGUGCGACGAAUGCCUACGGUGCUUGAUGCAUCACCUUCGCCAGCUAAGAAGCGGCAGAAAAUUGGUAAGAAUGACGGUGGAAAUGUUAUUUUAGAGAACGUUAAGAAGGAGGAUCGGGAAUUGGGGGAUUCAGAGACUCCAGGUGGUUGGGGGAUGCGAUUGAGAUCAAGGGGCAAGAACGUGAGGACUGGUGUGUCCAGUGAGAGAACUAAGAAUUUUGAAGAAAUUAGUGAAAUUAAUGAGAAGAAAGGUGAAUUAGAAGUUGCAAUACCCACAAUGGUAAGGUCAAAGAGGCCAAGGAAAAUUAUUGCAGUAAGUACUUCAACAAAUGGAGAGGAAGAGAUUACUAUAGGAAAUGACAUAGAGCAGAAUGAGAGGGAUGAGGUGGGCGUGAUGGGAAACAAGGAUGAGGUGGAAGAUUUCGGGAGCAAGGAUGAGGAAGACGUGAUGGGAAACAAGGAUGAGGUGGAAGAUUUCGGGAGCAAGGAUGAGGAAGACAUGAUUGGAAGCAAGUAUGAUGAAGCCACACAAAGUUUGGAGAGAGAAAUGAGUUGUGGACAUGAGGAAGGAAUUGUGGAUGGUAAUGCUGGACAGAUAGUUGAGGGAGAAGAUGGUAAAGAAGUGUCUAACUGUCUGAAAGUGGAUGAGGGGUGCAUUGGAGAUGAUAACAGGGAGACUGUGAAGCAGAGUGAUGAAAAAGCAGAACAUUCAUGUGGAGAGAAAGAUGAAAAUAAUGAAAGGAUUGAAGAGCAAGUCGUUGGGACUUUGAAAAGUGACUUGGAAGAUGGAGGACCUCAUGACAGUGAUAAUGUCUUGAUGGAUGUUGAGCAGAAGCCCUUUGAAGGUGGUAAUGCUGCAGAGCUGGACAAAUCAAAUCUUGCUUCAGAUGAUUCUCUUGGCAAGUCAAGCAUCAAACAGGGAAGGCGGUGUGGUUUGUGUGGGGGUGGAACUGAUGGUAAACCGCCAAAGAGGUUUGUUCAAGAUAUGGGUGACAGUGAAAAUGAAGUAUAUAGUGGAUCAUUAGCUUCGGAUGAACCUAAUUACGACAUUUGGGAUGGAUUUGGCGAUGAAUCUGGAUGGCUUGGCCGCCUGUUGGGCCCCAUAAAUGAUCGUUAUGGUAUUGCUGGAAUUUGGGUUCAUCAACAUUGUGCUGUGUGGAGUCCAGAGGUUUAUUUUGCUGGUUUGGGUUGUUUAAAAAAUGUAAGGGCUGCACUUUGCCGAGGAAGAGCCUUAAAAUGCAGUCGCUGUGGGAGACCUGGGGCUACCAUUGGAUGCCGUGUUGAUCGAUGCCCAAAAACAUACCACUUGCCUUGUGCACGAGCUGAGGGUUGCAUAUUUGAUCAUCGCAAAUUUCUCAUUGCCUGCACAGAUCAUCGGCAUCUUUUCCAGCCUCAUGGUAAUCAAUUUUUAAAGCGGAUAAAGAAAUUGAAAGCUAAGAAAAUCAAGUUGGAAAUGAGGAAAGUGUCAAAUGAUGCUUUGCAGAAGGAUAUAGAAGCAGAAGAAAAAUGGUUGGAGAACUGUGGUGAAGAUGAAGAGUUUUUGAAACGCGAGAGCCGGAGACUUCAUCGGGAUUUGUUGAGGAUUGCACCUGUUUACAUUGGAGGGUCAGACUCGGACAGUGGAAAAUCUUUUGAAGGUUGGGAAUCUGUUGCUGGGCUCCAGGACGUAAUCCGAUGUAUGAAGGAAGUUGUCAUUUUACCACUUCUAUAUCCUGAGUUUUUUAAUAAUCUUGGGAUCACUCCUCCUAGGGGUGUUCUUUUGCAUGGUUAUCCUGGAACAGGUAAAACUCUGGUUGUACGGGCAUUGAUAGGCGCAUGCGCUCGUGGUGAUAAAAGGAUAGCAUAUUUUGCCCGCAAGGGGGCCGACUGCUUAGGAAAAUAUGUUGGUGAUGCUGAACGCCAGCUAAGACUCUUGUUUCAGGUUGCUGAGAAAUGUCAACCUUCAAUAAUAUUCUUUGAUGAGAUUGAUGGGCUUGCACCAGGUCGUACAAGGCAGCAAGAUCAGACUCACAGUUCAGUUGUCUCCACAUUGCUUGCUUUGAUGGAUGGUCUAAAGUCUCGAGGUUCAGUUGUUGUUAUUGGUGCAACUAAUCGUCCUGAUGCGGUUGAUUCGGCGCUUCGUAGACCCGGUAGAUUUGACAGGGAGGUUUAUUUCCCUCUGCCAUCAGUUAAGGAUAGGGCGGCCAUCCUUUCCCUUCACACAAAAAGGUGGCCAAAACCAGUGAGUGGAUUGUUGCUCGAGUGGAUUGCAAGAAGAACUGUAGGCUUUGCUGGUGCCGAUCUUCAGGCACUUUGUACUCAAGCUGCUAUGAUUGCUUUAAAGAGGAAUUUUCCUCUGCAAGAAGUCCUGUCUGCUGCUGAAGAGAGACGCCCUGGUGCUAAAAAUCAGCCUCUUCCUGCAUUUGCAGUGGAAGAGAGUGAUUGGUUGGAAGCUUUAUCAUUUUCGCCACCUCCAUGCUCUCGUAGAGAAGCAGGAAUAGCUGCUCAUGAUUUGGUACACUAUCCUCUACCUGCACACCUUGUUCCCUGUCUAUUGCAGCCAUUUUUGAACUUGCUUGUUUUCCUUCAUUGUAAUGAAUGUCUCUGGUUGCCUCCUACUCUUUCUAAAGCUGCGACAAUGGUUAAAAGUGUUAUUGUUUCUGCUUUGGACAAUAGAAAAAUGCCUAGUGAUCAUUGGUGGUUCCAUGUUGAUGAUUUAUUAAAAGAGGCAGAUGUUGCAAAAGAAAUCGAGAAAAGACUAUCAUGUCUUGGGAUGAUAAUAGGAGAGCCUGGCGUUAUUGGAUCUGGUGGUUUUAUUACUGAUUUUGACGAGUACGAUGAGUUUGAACAUUCUACAAUGGCUCAUUCUCGCACUGGUUUGUUGCAAUGUGGUAAUUCUGCAUCAAGAAAGAAAUUAGGAUGUCGGAUAUUGGUAUCUGGCAGUCCCAGAUCUGGCCAGAAGCAUCUUGCUUCUUGCAUUCUUCACUGUUUUGCUGGGAAUGUUGAAAUUCAAAAGGUCGAUUUAGCCACAGUUUUGCAAGAAGGACAUGGUGAUGCAGUGCAAGGGAUAACACAAAUACUAAGGAGAUGCGCAAGUGCUGGGUCUUGUCUGGUAUUCAUGCCCAGAAUUGAUUUGUGGGCGGUGAGCACAUUUCAUCAAGUUAAUGAGGAGAUUGAUUUUUCUGCAGUAAACCAAAAAACUGAUAAAGAAUCAUGUGCUGCACGAGAUCAAGCUUUUGAAAAAGAAAUAAAUUUUCAUCCUCAGCAAUCUAAAGCAGUUGAAGCAGCAAACUUCCAUUGUACUGCCCUAAAUGCAUCGCAUGCCUGGAACUCAUUCGUUGAGCAGGUGGAAUCUAUAUGUGUGUCUACAUCCUUGAUGAUUCUGGGAACUUCUGAACUUCCAUAUGCAGCACUCCCUCAUAAAAUAGGGCGUUUUUUUAGUAGAGGCGUUACAAAAUCUGGUCAAUCAAUUGCUUCUGAUUGCACAGUGCCACAGUUCAUUGCUGAGGUUGGCGUAAAUUUCAAUCGUGAUAUGGUGGUGAAAAUAUCUGCGGCAGAAUUAUCAAGAGAUGUAAUCCAGCCGUACAUUCAGCUUAUUCAUCAAAGAAUUCACAUUCGCCCAAAUUCAUCUAAGGAGAACAAAACUUGUGAUGCCAUCAAAUUCUGUACAGAUAUAGCAUGUUACAGCGAAGAUCGCACUGCAGUUGGCAGAGAGGAGGGUAGAACACAAUGUCCUGAUGAUUCUUCUGUAAGAGUUCCACAAGCACCUGAUAAUAAAACUUUGAAAGGAAGAUCAAGUCUGCAAUUAGCUAUAUCUGUAUUUGGCUAUCAAGUUCUGCUGUAUCCUCAUUUCGCUGAACUUUGUUGGUUCACUUCGAAAUUGAAAGAAGGUCCUUUUGCAGAUGUAAGUGGACCUUGGAAGACCUGGCCCUUUAAUUCUUGUAUUGUUCGUCCUGAUAACUCAUUAGAUAAGGUAGCUUUUGCUGGUAGCUCCAGCAAUCCUAAAGGCAAGGAGAAAUCUGGUUUAGUUAGAGGCCUAGUUGCAGUUGGAUUGUCGGCAUACAGGGGCACGUACUCUUCACUUAGAGAGGUCACUAUUGAUGUACGAAAUGUUCUUGAGCUUCUAGUACGAGAGAUCAAUGCAAAAGUAGAGGCUGGGAAAGACAGAUAUCUGUAUGUCCGUAUUUUAUCUCAGGUAGCUUAUCUAGAAGAUGUGGUAAAUAGUUGGGCCUACGCACUGCAGAGUUUAGACCGUAACUCUCAAAUGAAGAUCAGUGAUGCGGAAUCACCAGAUAAGCAUACAUGUGUCAGUGAUUCUGUUCAAAGUAGGAGUGUUUCAGAGAGAAGCUGCCAUGAAUUCAAGGAGCUUGAUGAUGCUUGCCAGGGACCUGCUAGUGAAAGUAAUGGAGGUAUUGACGAGGAAAAAAGAGACGGAUAUUCCCUUUAUGCUAAAUCUGAGAAGAGAGUUGCUAAUUUUGAAAAUGGGUCUGCGCAUAAGGAAUUGGAUUUGGAUCAUGCUUCUCAAGACAAAAGUUUUCACUGCUCUGCUACUAAUCAACUGGUGGAUAAAGCCAUGAAUGAUCAGAAUGGGACAACUGAACAUUGUGAGACAGAAAAGAGUGGAAAUGCAAUUAUCGACAUAAAUUUUAAGUCCGUGGAACAAUCUAAUGGAUUCAUGUCUACAAAUUCCAUUGUCCUUUCUGACAAUGGUCUCUGUAAUUCUGGAGAAUUGGGUAGCCCUAGGAUCUUUGGUUCAGGAGAUGCAUGCUACCAGAAUAAUGGUUUGUCAGUGACCGAGACCACAACUAGAUCUGGCGUUAAUGCUUAUGAUCCUGGGGAGCAAAUUGAAGAUACAAACUUGUGUGCAAGCCACAAUACCAAUGCUUCCACUGAAUCUGUAGUUACAUGUUAUUAUCAAUGUUGCUCUGAGUGCCUCCAUAUUCUCAAUGGCGUGAUGCUGAAGAUUUUUGCACAUGAAUGGAGGUCAAAUGGGAGUAAUACAACAGUGGAGGAUGUGCAUGAUGUUGUUGCAUCAUUGUCUGUGAAUCUUCUUUCAGCGGUUAGGAAAAUCGAUGUUGAUGGGAUUUCCAGAAGUUCAUUUGAUAAAAAUUUGAUACAGGGAAACCAUCAGAAAAUAUCGGGAAUUGAAGAACUGUGCGCUUGUCAGUGCAAAAGUCCAGGAAAUGGCCUAUCGAUCCCAAUGGAAUGUAGUUGUCACACUGGAGAUGGAUGUGUAAAUUCAAGACAAAAUGCCUCCCAGAAUACCCAAUUCGGCCAUGAUUGGAAAUUCAUUUUCAGAGAUGGUGUCCUUGUUCCUAUAGAUUCCAAGUCCAACAUAGAUGUUUCGGUUCACUGUAAAUUUGAGAACUUGUGCCUUUGUUCUCUUAUAGAGUUGGUGGCAAUGAUGAAGCAGCCUUUUGAUUGAUUGGAAUGUAUUUACAGUUUGGUUUGCCCAAGCAUCGUCUGGUUCGUCUGUGAAUCUACAUGUAAAAUUGCUUUAAAGAGGUAUGGAAUAUCAAAAAUUUUGUUCUGCUGA